GAGAAAGGAAAAACGGGCUCUCUCUUUUAGUAUAAGCCACGGACGCUUUCAUCUCUCAUUCAAUGCUUUACCGAACUCCCCACCCUUUUUCCUUCCAUUUUCACCCGUUUCCCUCUGCAACAACCACCACCACCACCACCACCUCCUCUCCUUCCCCUCUUCAGAAAAUGGAAUGCGUUGAAGCCGCUUUGGUUAACAGUGUUAAGACUGAGGCUCCGGUUAAAUCGAGUCCCCAAGCGUUUUUGGAUGACUUGUGGGCUUUGAAUGCGCAAAACGGCGGUUCGAGUGGUGACUUUUUCGUGGAUGACCUGUUGGACUUCUCGAAUGAAGACGGACUUGUAGAGAAACAAGAAGCAGAACACGAGGAAGAAGAAGACAAAGUUUGGGUCUCGCUUAAGGCGAAAGGAGAAAACCCAGAAGAAAUUCCGAGCAACGAAAGUGCCAAUUACGAUUUUGGGUCUGUAGACAGCGAGCUUGGUGUUCCGGCGGAUGAUAUGGCUAGCCUUGAAUGGCUUUCUCAUUUUGUGGAGGACUCUUUCUCGGAGCCCUCUGCCUCGUACCACAUCGGAAUUUUGCCGGAAAAGCCAAAAAUUUCAGUUCCCGAUGGAAUACAGAGUAUACCAGAAACAAAACCGCCGGUUUCUGAAACCGACACAUGUUUCAAGACUCCUCUUCCAGCAAAGGCGAGAAGCAAGCGCACGCGAAACGGUGUCAGAGUGUGGUCUCUGAGGUCCCCAUCUUCACUGACAGAAUCUUCGUCAUCCAGUUCGUCGUCUUCGUCUUCUUCUUCCUGUCCUUCAAGCCCCUGGUUUAUCUACACCAACCCGGGUUCAAUUCUCGAACCGCUUGAACCUAUAUUCGCAAAACCUCCGGUUAAGAAGCAAAAGAAAAAACCAGCGACCGAGCCCGGUAGUGGCGGUGCACAGCCUCGUCGGUGCAGCCACUGCGGUGUUCAGAAGACUCCACAGUGGAGAGCCGGUCCACUUGGGGCUAAGACCUUGUGCAACGCAUGUGGGGUCCGGUUCAAGUCGGGCCGGCUCUUACCCGAAUACAGACCCGCUUGCAGCCCGACUUUCUCAAGCGAAUUGCACUCAAACCACCACCGUAAGGUCCUGGAGAUGAGAAAGAAGAAUGAAACUGUGGAUCAGGCUGAGUCCGGUUUGGCUUUGCCCAGUUUUUGAAGACGAUAAGAGUAAAAACAGUAGAACAAUUAGCGAGUGAACCGGGUUGAUUAGAAUCCGGUUGGAGAGUGGUCCGUCCGAGUUAGAUUGUGGUUCGGCUCAAUUAGUGUACAAACUUUUUCGUGGUGGGUGCGGUAGGUUUUUCUAGGUGUGUAACUGAUUAAGGGUGACUUUAAUAUUGUACGCUUUUUUAUUAAUUUCUCUUCUUUCAAAAUUUAGUACUUUUAAUUUUUUCCAACAGCGCUGAUCAUUACUCGAGAUGUAUGUAUACGAUUUCAUAUAGAUCAUGUAGAA